UAUGGUGAAAUAUGACUGUGCUCUGUCUCGAAAACCCUUUGCUAUUGCACGUCUUCUUGAGUUCUUACCUUAAAACGUGAAAGAAAAGAUGGAACUAGGCAAUAGUGAGAUGAGUAAUAAAAUAAGGUCAGCAAUCAAGGCCAAACUUGUGGAACUAGGAUCCUAUGUUGAUGAUGAGCUGCCAGAUUACAUCAUGGUCAUGAUUGCCAACAAGAAGUCACUGGCCCAGAUGACCGAUGACCUUUCCCUGUUCCUGGGAAAUAACACAGUGACCUUCACGUCCUGGUUACACACCGUACUUGAUACGCUGAAAAAACCUGAAACGGAGCCAAAGCCCAAAAAGGUCAAAGAGCAUGCUGCCAAGAGCAAAAAAGCCAAGGAAAAGAAAUCGCCACUCUCUGCCAAUCAGAAGCAGGCCAAGGUGAGCGAGGUCCAGUCCCAGCCAAUCCCGUCAGACCCCCACGCUGUGACAGGCUCCAGUGUCGUCCCCUCACCGGCUACACAGAAGCCGACGGUGACCUCCCUAAAAGUAAGUAAAGCUGAUCCGUCCCAGGAUGUCAUCACCUUGAAGGCGGAGACAGACGACUUUCUGGAUGCGGAGCUGGCCCAGGAGGCGCUGGUGAUCUCUGAAGGGACCAAGAAACAGUCGGCGAUUGUCUCACCAGUAGCUACGGUCAAGGAGAAGCCUUCACUCUCGGCUGAGAAGAGCAAGUCGUCGCAGCAAAAGCUGGCAGACAAGAAAUCCCUGGCGCCUUCGGGGGCUCCUGUCAGUAUGAAGGUUUCUCCAACCUUACCGGUGUCGCGGAAACGCAAGGCUCCGGGCUCCGUGAUUGGCCAAGUCCUGAAUGUGGAAGAGGAGGAGGAGGAUUUACCGGCCAGCUUUGGCAAGAAAGUUGCCAGCACCGUGCAGCCCCAGAGGAGGCCAUCUCUUCCGGUAGAGAAGCAGGCAAACAUCUCCUUGUUGAAGAAGGCCGUUUCGGCAGCCGAGGCUUCCACUAGUCCAGCACUCAAGGCACAGAUGAAACAACAAGUACCCAAAAUGGCCCCCCGGCGCUUCAAGAUAAUCAGGAAGCAGCAACAUUUGCCACCCAAGCGGAACCUUCUCCUCAAGGCUGUCCAGGAGGCCAAGGAGAGCACCUCCAUCACCAGGCAGCUCCAGGGAUCUUCGUCGGGCCCGACGGUCCAGCCUAGAGUCCAGAUGGAGAUGCCGUCGACGGGACUGGUGUCGCGCUCGCGUCUCCUGGAGCUGACGGAGCGGAACUACGACACACAGGACUUCAUGACCGUGUCAGCGGAUCCCGCAGAUGCAGCGUCGGUGGCGUGGCAGGGGGAGGAGUAUUAUGCCGAUGAUGAGGAACAAGAGGAAACCGAGAGUCCAGACUCAAGACAAAUCUGCCUGACGACAGAGACCAGUCCCACAGAAGUCCUCUACGUCGUGGAUGAUGACAAGGGGGUUGCUGAGCCUGUAUACAAACCGACCCCUCUGACUUCCCGCCAAAGUGAGGCAUCGGCAAGACCGGUCAGCCCCAAGUUCAUCGUGACUCUGGAGGGCGCCAUGCAGUCCAAAGCCAAGACCAAGCAGCGCAAGUCGGCCAGGGUGGCGCCCCGCAUUUCCCUCACGCGAACGAUUGACAACAGCACCGUGUACUCCAACUACGUGGAAAUUCAGCAGCAGCAACAACAGCAGCAACGACAGCAGCAGUUGCAGAUGGAAGAGGAAGAAGAAGACCUUGCCCAGCUGCAGCGGGACGAGCUGGCGCUCCAGCAGGAGCUCGCUCUUCAGCAGCGUAAGCAGGAAUUGCUGCGGCAGCAGCGGCAGCAGCAACAGCGGCAGCAACCUGUGGAGGACUACAUCAGGAGAGAGGACCAGCUGGCAUUUGUCACUCAGACACCUCACAUGGAUCAAGUAGAAGAGAUGCAGUUCAUAGCUGAAGACUCAUACCAAGAGGGCCCUAGUCCAGCAAAGAAAGAGAAAUCUUCCGCGGAGCGGUGUAUGUUUUGGCCAGCCUGUAAAAACGGCAGCGACUGUCUGUAUGUUCACCCCACAAAACCAUGCAGGACCUUUCCAAACUGUAAAUUUGGAGACAAAUGUUUAUUCAUCCAUCCCAACUGCAAGUAUGAUUCUCGGUGCAGCCGGCCCAACUGUCCCUUCACACAUGCAACCAGGAAACAAGGCAACCUAGUCCCCAUGAGUCCACCAGCGGUUCUCCUGCCUCCCACACAAGUGCAUGCGCCCUCUAAGGCAUCCAGAUUGUGCAAAUUUCACCCCAACUGUACAAAUGGACAGUGCCCCUUCUUCCACCCCAAGAUGUGUCUCUUUGGACGAAGCUGCACUCGUGUCGGCUGUACAUUCACCCAUCCCCAAGUUGCGACAGGAGCCGCACUCAAGUGGUCCAAGCAGAUGCACAUUAGUGAGAGACCUUUCGUUGCCAAGGAAACAUCGAGUUAACAAAGGAUUAUGGAGCAGCUGCAGCCUACUUUUGAAUGCGCUGACAUCAAGCAGCGGCUUCGAGUUUUGUUUUUUAAUAUAUAUUUUUUAAUUAUUGUUUCAGUAAUUUCGGUCGAUAUUUGACAUGUAUCAAAGCACAUUUCCUAGUGCUAUUUCAUGAGCUGUUAGUAUUGAUAGUUAGGCAACCUGUUAUAAAAUAAUGUAAUAAUGCCUGUGUCACAGGUGUUGUUUAUUUUUGUGAUAAACUUUUGCAUUUAAUUUCUUCAAACGGUGACGGCAGAGGUAUUUUUGAUACAGUUAUAUCCCAUGAAUGAGCCUGGAAAUGUCGCUGGAAUUUACAGAAUGCUCUUUUGAGUGAUUUGCAUUCACCGUAAGUGUUAGUGUCCCCUUUGGGGAUGAUCCCAGAGCUUUGCUUUUAUUCUGAAGCUCAUUAAAUUUCCAUGCUCAUAAAAAAAAAAACUUCGACAUUAUCAGAUAAUUGAAAGGGUACCAACAGCUGCGACAAUGGCCCCGAGGACAUUUUCUUCGCAUUGCUCGUUUCCUCUCGUGCAUGGGUUAUGGGCUCCGCUCUUCCCACGUUACCGUCGUAUUCUUACCAAUAUAGUGGCCGGUGAAACUACGGCUGACCUUCCGUAAAUAGAAAGCAGGAGCAGUCAUUAGGAUCUCAAGCAGCUAUAAAAUGCCAAGUUUUAAGAACUGAAGGCAGUGGAGCCAUUCCUAUUUGUCGCCACGUGCAUGGCCUGUCUUAAACGAUUGCAGCCUGAUAACACUUUUCUGGUCGGAUGAAAUGUAGACUCCAGUGAAACACUUAGUCUUUUUUCUGUUUUAUUGGUUCAACGUUCACAAACAUAUUGUCGAACAAAAAGGCUGGAAAUGUAUAAUUUCGUAAUAAUGUUAUUGCGUUGACACUCUUAGUCACAAGGUCCAAAACCUACGUUUUAAGACCGGAUCACGAGAUUAGAUGAUAAUUGCCCUGGACAAGUUAUCUUAAUAACCAAGACUGCAUAUACUUCUAGAUACUAAAUGAAAAUGCACGUUUAAAGUAACGUAACUAUUGUGAAGUUUGAGGUGAAAUCUAACAUAAGUGGCCAAAAAUAUGGUGUUUUUUCAAUCCUGUGGAAAUAAAAAAUAGCAGAAAACAACAUCUGUGCAAGAAAUGAAGCAAGUGAUAUCAAAACGGCAGUUCAAGACGAUAUUUCAAGACAUUGUAUCUGCAUAAAUGAUAAAACACAAUUUGUUUUUUAAUGGACAAAAAAUGACCCUUUUUUAUUUGAGAAUCGCUGACCUCACCAAAACCAGGCAAAAUUGAAUGGCUACAUCACACUGCUUUAAGUCAUUAAAUGUUGCUAAUUAUGAUUACAGAUA